CCGGCGGGUCCCCCGUGUCUGCCGCCGGCGCUGUCCCCUGCGCCUGCCACUUCCGGGGCCGCAGUCGUGGGCAUGGAUCCUCGAGCGUGAGGCGCCGCCGGCCCCCGGGACGCCCUGCCCAGCCGUGCCGCCGCCCCGCGUCCCGGGUCUCUGUUUACUGCCUGCUGCUGGAAUGGAGGCUUCUCGGACCCCUUAGAAGGUGUCGUGAUGGGGUGACCAGGUGGCAACUGUGGAUCAAGGGCUCGGGAAAGACCUCUGAAGGGUGCUUUGGGGCCCGGAGGAUGAAAAGGAGGGAAUCUCACAGCCAGCUGGGAAGGGCGUCCGGCGGAGGGAGCGGCCAGUGCAAAAGCCGGGAGGCCCCCACCCUCCCGAGGCCCGCCGAGCGGUUAAUGCGGAAGCUUAAGAAGCUGCGCCUGGACAAGGAGAACACGGGAGGUUGGAGAAGCUUCUCACUGCACCCCGAGGGCGCCGAGAGGAUGUCCAUCGGGACCCCGCCGCCGGCUGAGCGGCCCCCCGUGGGCGACAUGGACGACGCGGCCUGCCGCUUCCAGGUGCCCAAGCACUCGUGGGACGGGCUGCGGAGCAUCAUCCACGGCAGCCGCAAGUACUCGGGCCUCAUCGUCAACAAGGCCCCACACGACUUCCAGUUCGUGCAGAAGACGGACGAGGCCGGGCCGCAUUCCCACCGCCUGUACUACCUGGGAUCUUGCUACGUAGCUCAGCCUGGCCUUGAACUCGGGGGAAGUCUCCCUGCCGCAGCCUCCCAAGUGCUGGGGUUACAGGGAUGCCUUACGGAAGCCGGGAGAACUCGCUGCUCUACUCCGAGAUCCCCAAGAAGGUCCGCAAGGAGGCCCUGCUGCUGCUGUCCUGGAAGCAGAUGCUGGACCACUUCCAGACCCGCCCUGUGCCCCCAGGCCACGCCGCACCACGGGGUCUACUCCCGGGAGGAGGAGCUGCUGCGCGAGCGCAAGCGCCUGGGCGUCUUCGGCAUCACGUCCUACGACUUCCACAGCGCCAGCGGCCUCUUCCUGUUCCAGGCCAACAACAGCCUCUUCCACUGCCGGGACGGCGGCAAGAACGGCUUCAUGGUGACCCCCAUGAAGCCACUGGAGAUCAAGACCCAGUGCUCGGGGCCCCGGAUGGACCCCAAGAUCUGCCCCGCCGACCCCGCCUUCUUCUCCUUCAUCAACAACAGUGACGUGUGGGUGGCCAACAUCGAGACGGGCGAGGAGCGGCGACUCACCUUCUGCCACAAGGGGCUGCCCAACGUCCUGGACGACCCCAAGUCCGCAGGCGUGGCCACCUUCGUCAUCCAGGAGGAGUUCGACCGCUUCACGGGCUGCUGGUGGUGCCCCACGGCCUCCUGGGAAGGCCCCGAAGGCCUCAAGACGCUGCGGAUCCUGUACGAGGAGGUAGACGAGUCCGAAGUGGAGGUCAUCCACGUCCCUUCCCCCGCACUAGAAGAACGGAAGACAGACUCCUACCGCUACCCCAGGACAGGCAGCAAGAACCCCAAAAUCGCCUUGAAGCUGGCAGAGUUCCAGACUGACAGUGAGGGCAAGAUCGUGUCCGCCUGUGAGAAGGAGCUGGUGCAGCCUUUCCACAGGCUCUUCCCCAGGGUGGAGUACAUCGCCAGGGCCGGCUGGACACGCGACGGCUCAUACGCCUGGGCCAUGUUCCUGGACCGGCCCCAGCAGCGGCUCCAGCUCGUGCUCCUGCCCCCAGCCCUGUUCAUCCCGGCCCCCGAGAGCGAGGAGCAGCGGCUGGCGCUCGCCAGGGCUGUCCCCAAGAGCGCCCAGCCGUACGUGGUGUACGAGGAGGUCACCAACGUCUGGAUCAACGUCCACGACAUCUUCUACCCCUUCCCCCAGCCCGAGGGGUCCGAGGAGUUCUCCUUCCUCCGGGCCAACGAGUGCAAGACCGGCUUCUGCCACCUGUACAGAGUCACUGCCCUCCUGAGGCCCAGCGGCUAUGACUGGACAGAGCCGCUGAGCCCCGGGGAAGAUGAAUUUAAAUGCCCCAUCAAGGAGGAGGUGGCGCUGACCAGCGGCGAAUGGGAGGUGCUGGCCCGCCACGGCUCCAAGAUCUGGGUCAAUGAGGAAACCAAGCUGGUGUACUUCCAAGGGACGAGGGACACGCCGCUGGAGCACCACCUCUACGUGGUCAGCUAUGAGACGGCUGGGGAGAUCGUGCGACUCACCACGCCCGGCUUCUCCCACAGCUGCUCCAUGAGCCAGAACUUCGACAUGUUUGUCAGCCACUACAGCAGCGUGAGCACGCCGCCCUGUGUGCACGUGUACAAGCUCAGCGGCCCUGACGACGACCCCCUGCACAAGCAGCCCCGCUUCUGGGCCAGCAUGAUGGAGGCGGCCAGCUGCCCCCCAGACUAUGUGCCCCCCGAGAUCUUCCACUUCCACACGCGCUCAGACGUGCAGCUCUACGGCAUGAUCUACAAGCCCCACACCCUGCAGCCGGGCAAGAAGCACCCCACCGUGCUCUUCGUGUAUGGGGGCCCCCAGGUGCAGCUGGUGAACAACUCCUUCAAGGGCACCAAGUACUUGCGGCUCAACACGCUGGCGUCCCUGGGCUACGCCGUGGUGGUGAUUGACGGCCGGGGGUCCUGUCAGCGGGGGCUCCGAUUCGAAGGGGCCCUGAAAAACCAAAUGGGCCAGGUGGAGAUUGAGGACCAGGUGGAAGGCCUGCAGUUUGUGGCCCAGAAGUACGGCUUCAUCGACCUGAGCCGGGUGGCCAUCCACGGCUGGUCCUACGGCGGCUUCCUGUCGCUCAUGGGUCUCAUCCACAAGCCGCAGGUGUUCAAGGUGGCGAUCGCGGGCGCGCCAGUCACCGUGUGGAUGGCCUACGACACGGGGUACACGGAGCGCUACAUGGACGUGCCUGAAAACAACCAGCAGGGCUACGAGGCGGGCUCCGUGGCCUUGCACGUGGAGAAGCUGCCCAACGAGCCCAACCGGUUGCUGAUUCUCCACGGCUUCCUGGAUGAAAAUGUGCACUUUUUCCACACGAACUUCCUCGUCUCGCAGCUGAUUCGGGCGGGAAAACCUUACCAGCUCCAGAUCUACCCCAACGAGAGGCACAGCAUCCGCUGCCCCGAGUCGGGCGAGCACUACGAGGUCACGCUGCUGCACUUCCUCCAGGAAUACCUCUGAGCGCCACGACGGCUGCAGCCACGCCUCACAUCACAGCACAAUGCCCGGGCCAGGCCAGGGACCCAGUGACCCAUGGCCGCCCCCGGGUCACGCGCCAGGGGACAGACUGCGGCCCAGGAGGAGCCCGACACCCCAGCAUCGCGGCCUUUACCGACCCAACAACUUCCAGCCCCUUUCCUGUUUUCAGUUUUCUUUUGUUUGUUUUUGCUCCACCGCUCCUGGUUUGUUUGCUUGUUGCUUCUUGGUUGCCAGGACAGUGCCAGGGGCCGAUCCCCAGUGGCAUUGCCCCAGGCCGCCCCUCCCCCCCCAAGAGGGGGAGGCCACAGCCCCACAGGGCAUUGGAAUGGCCACGGCCCAGGCGCCAGGAGAGACUGGGGGAGCCAGGCUGGAAGCUGGGGGGCCCUGUUCCUGGGCCGCCUCUACCCUGAUGGCCUCGGUCCCCAGCACAGCAGCAUGCGAAUGCCUGUCUCCCCGCGGCCACCUGCUUGUGUCCCUGUCCUCUCUGGGGGGCGUUUUACAUAACUAUUUAACAGUCAGAGAGCAAGGGAGACCCAGAAUCGGGGUGCGUGGCCAGGCAGCGGGGUGUCCCAAGCGCAGGGGACAGAGCAGCCAGGGCCUGCUGGGCGACGGCUGUGGACAUAGGAAGCCCUGCCUCUGGCCGCCCUCUGCAGCCACCCAGCCUCUCCCGUCUGCCUGGGGGACACCGGGGUCCUGGGUUGGGAGCGGGACCUGUGCCCACCGUGGGGACCUGGUCUCGCUUCCUUCCUCUCCCCGCCGAGGGUUCCGGCAAAAAGUAAAAAGAAAACAAAAGACAAAAAAAAAAAAAAAAAAGGAAGAAAAGAAACCACCUCUACAUAUUAUGGAAAGAAAAUAUUUUUGUCGAUUCUUAUUCUUUUAUAAUUAUGCGUGUAAGAAAUAGACUCAUUAAACAACCCCAGAUGGGAAGCUGUCA